AAAAGUCAAAAUGUCAAAAAAUUGUGGUUUGUUGUUGUGAUUACUGAAAAUUUUAUCAUGAGUUUUUAUUAUUUUUAAAUUAAAUUCCUCAGCGCUAAACAAUAUUUGGAAAAGAGACUACGGUAUUUAAAUUAUUUAUAAAUCGUCAAAGGAUCAAAACAUAAAAUACAUAGUCUGAAAACAAAAUCAUAUUUUAUCAUUAUUUUAUACAGGUUUCCAGAUAACUUAUAGAGCUAUGGCUGAAUGGAAACAUGUCAUAACAGAGUGGCUCUCCGAGUACUCCUCAUUACAGCCAAAUGAGAUCAAGAGUUUUGCAGCUGAGCAUGAGCACAACCAUGAGAUAGCCACUGCUGUUUUUAGCUUACUCUACAGUGAUAGUGACACGGAGACACAACAGUCCAGUAAAACAGAGGAUGGAGAGCAAUAUGAAAAGAUUCUAGAAGAUGUAUGCGUGCAGUUGUUUAGCUUCUACCGCUCGCAGGAGGUGGAGCUGCAGCGGUUCACUCUGCAGUUUGUGCCGACGCUCAUCUUCAACUACCUGAGCCUCGUUGCUCAGCAGGGCACCAGAAAAAUAUGCAGAUGCAUUGAAACUCUACUUAUAAGUAUCUACAACUAUGAAGUGGUGGAUGAGGCAGGCAAACCCAAAGUAGUCUCAUUCCGACUUCCAUCCCUAGCACAGUCUUCUAUUUACCAUGAGCCGAUGUCGCUCGGCCCCCAGUUCCUGACAGAGAGCGCGCUGCGGCGCUGGGAGGAGUGCGACACGAAGCUGGUGCGCUGGGGCCCGCUGCCGCAGGUGCAGUCGCUGCACGCACAGAACCGCCUCAAGGUCAUGUCGGCGCUGCUCUUCGUGUAUAACCGGAACUCGAGUCUACUGCAGAAGCUGUCGCUCAGGCAUUUCUGUAUUGCUGCUUCUAGAAUAGUAACGCAAGGGUUCCAACAGCACAAGAACGGCUCCCACAGCAGUUCCUACAACUCGACCCCGCGCAUCCCCGUGUCCCCGCACUUCCUCAUAGAACUGGUCGAGGGCAUCUACUACGCCAUGUUCAAUGAGUUCUAUACGCUGGCUCUACAGGCCGUCCGGGAUGUGAACCAGAGGGCGCAGUAUGAGCUGUUCCCCGAUGUGAUGUUGGUUACUAGCGCGGUGAUUAACUCUAUACAGAGUAUGCCUUCAGGUCAGCCGAGCGACGGUCCGAUGGGCAUCAGCGUGGCCUUGUCUCCAGCUACCAACACCGUCACCAUGUCCAAGUCCAUGAUCACCAACGCCUCCUUCCGGACCAAGAAGUUACCAGAUGACAUUCCGAUCCAGGCGGGGCAGCCCGUGGACACCGACGCUCUUCAAUCAAUCACUGAGGAAGGCGAGGGGGAGGGGGCACUAGCGCGGGGGGGACCUCGCACCUCCAAACCCAAAUUCACCCUCGGGAAGAAAAAAGAUUCCAAAGACAAGAGCAUAGACAAAAAAGUCACUCUAAAAGAUUCUUCUAAGGCUAUAUGGAACUCUUUGAGCGGCGGAGGCGAUGCGGUAGACUCUUCACAGAAGGGCAGUGUAGGGGAUAGCUCUGAAGCUAAUGGGAGUAUGAAAGAUGAAUUAUCACUUGCGUCUGGACACAAUAGUAUGGAGACCUCGGACUCUCGUUCGCAGACCACUGACUCUAUGGAUAUAGAGACGACUCCCCGGUUCGCCGCCAUGCAAGUCAGUUCGGUGUAAAUUAUGGCGCAGUGGGUGAGGAUUGUAUGGGACACUUGCACUGGAUAACUGGAUUCCCUAGCUGGUGAAAUAAACUACAUCGCAUGUAGUUUAGUAUAGAGUCUGAUGUGUAUAGAAGAUCUUGAAACCAGUGGAUCAGUGAAAAGCAAGGUUGGUGCAAUCGAACUUAACUUUUUAAUAUAGUAAAUCAU